CAUUGCAAGAUGGGAGGAGUUAAAAUAUUUCAUUCCAAAAGCAAAACAGUGAUGUUAGGUCGCACAUUAUGAUACGCUAGUAAGUGUUUCAUCAUAUGUUUAGAAACUGUAAUGAUGGACUAAGAAAACAUUUCAGUUUUCUGGUUUGUAUUCUCCCAUUAAAAAAGAAACAAAUAUAUUUUCCGAGUUGAAUAAGUUUUCUGCUAUUAUUUGAUUAUGAUUACGCUUUUCGCCAAUUUAAAAGGACUUCUCAAAGCACGCGAAUUUUGCACUGACAGCUUUGUGUUUAGAUUGCAUUCUCGUUGGACAGUUCUAAUCUUACUUUGCUGCAGCAUAUUGCUGUCAUGCCGUCAACAUUUUGGAGAUCCUAUACACUGCUUACAGCGAGAUGUAGCCCGCAUAAAAGCAUUGGAAAAUUUUUGCUGGAUUCACGGAACUUACAUUUUACCCCAUGCUUGGAAUGGCACGGUGGGGGUCCACAUCCCCCAUCCAGGCAUUGACAGCUACGUCAGAGGACAAAAUAAAGUGUACCAUGGUUAUUACCAAUGGGUUGCCAUUGUAUUAUUCCUUCAAGGUGUUCUGUUUUAUUUGCCAAGAUACCUAUGGAGAUGCUGGGAAAGUGGCGUAAUCAGAGCUCUAAGUCUGAAUUUGCAUGAUCCUUUAUUAAGAGAUUCUGAAAGAGACAAAAGUGUGAAUUUGCUAUCGCACUCCUUACAUCUACACAUGGGACAUUUUGGUGCUUAUUUCAAGAAGUAUAUAUUUUGUGAGAUCCUUACUUUAGCCAAUGUAGUGGGUCAAAUGUGGAUUCUAGACAAUUUUCUUGGAGGCACCUUCACAACCUUUGGCAUAAAGGUUAUGCAAUGGAGCCAAUGGGAUCAAGAAUAUCGCACGGAUCCCUUGGUAAAAGCAUUUCCUCGCAUGACCAAAUGUCUGUUUCAUGAUUAUGGAUCAUCGGGAGACGUGCAAAGAGUAGAUGCAUUAUGCAUCCUUCCUUUAAAUGUGCUGAAUGAAAAAAUUUUCAUAUUUCUGUGGUUCUGGAUGCUAUUUCUUUGUGGCAUGACAGUUUUGGUGUUGGCAUAUCGUUUGAUGCUUGCUGCAAUGCCUCUGUUUAGGUACUGUGUUUUGGUGACCAGAGCCCCACAUGCUAGUAAGGGUGCCCUGGAUAGGUUAGUUGGUCGAUCUCAAUUAAGUGACUGGUUUAUUCUUUAUUUGCUGUCUAAAAAUCUUGAUGCCAGCAAUUAUGGAUUUGUUAUCAGCAAACUGGCAGCAGAAAUGGAACAGAAUGGUUAUAUGAAACCUUCAACUUCAAAACAUACAACUUUUGUGUAGUUGAGAAUUAUAAAACUUUUUCAUUAGUCAUCAUUACUGUAUUGAUACAAUUUUUAUCAAAAUCUCAUUUAUCCAGUUAAUUUCAUCAAUGCUUUUGACAUUCUCAGUCAAUUUAAUGACUGAGGUAUUCUUAAUGUAAAGUCUGAAUGUUUUUUUCGAACAAUUAAUAUGUAUUCUUUUCGUAUCAUCAAACUUGUCACCGAAUAUAAAACAGAAUAGACCAUCUUCUAAAAUUACUGUUUUUGUUUAGUUUUUCAUAUCAUCAAUAUUGUAUUGAUGCAGUGUUUACUAAAAAUCUCAAUUAUUAAGUUUGCUUCACAACGUUUUUUAUAUUUUUGUGAAAACCUUCUUGAAUGUGUUUUAUCACUGCUGUAUUUUAGAGAAAAGUAUGAAGUCUUAGCUUACCUUUCUGUCUCAUUUUAAUUGCAAAAUCACAUUUGGAAAGGUCCUUCAACAAAAAAUACCACUUUAAUUAACUUUUUCUACAAUUUUAAGACUUUUAUUUGUCAUCACAUCAUCAUUGUAUUGAUACAGUAUACCGAAAUCUCAGUAAUCAAGUUAAUCUCAUGAAUGCUUUUAUAUCAUUAUGAAAAUUCAUUUUUAAAUGUGUUCUAUUUUUUAUAUGUAUUGUGAGUUUCAGAAUUCAAUGUGAUGAUCUUAGUAUUAUUGUCUAUUUCAUAGACUUCAUUAUUUUGUUUAAGCCUUAGCAUUAUAAUGAAUCAUUAGACUACAUAAAAUCUCAUUUUACCUACUUAGCUAGACUACUUAUUUUAAAUAAAUUAUCUUUUUAUUAGCUGGGUACAAGCGAAGAGUCUCCAAAAAUGCUGCCAACUUUUUUUUUACCAUUUUUUUUAACACUGAACAAAAUGGAAGUGUUCAUAAAAUAAUUUAAAUGAAAAUAAGUUAAAAAGAAAAAUCGAUGUAUUUCUUUGUAUCUGUCUAACCGAAAAGUACCAAAUAAUCUCCCUAAUGCUAUGAAUAAUAAAGUCUUCAUUUCAUUGCUGUGCUGUGAUAAUUCAAGCCAAGUACUAAUGUUUCAGCAACUAAAGUGCUGAAAAACUUAUGUUCCUAUAUUUUAUAAAUGCUUGUGUUGUUGGAAGUAUACAGUUAAUAUAUACUGUUCACAAUAGAAGAUCAAUCAAUAUUUUAAAUAUUUAUAACUACUACAUUGCUUAUAAUUUUAAAAUAUAGAUUUGAAUCAUUAAUAGAUUUAAUCAUAGACUGGGCACUUUAUUUAGAAUGUAGUUAGAUUUUAUUUAAAUUUUGUGUGGUAUUUCAUCAUGUUUUUGGUUCUAAUUAUUAGUAUAUAUAUUUUUAAAGACUAUAUGUAUUGGAUUAUCAUGUUUAUGGACUGAGCGCAAAAAAUAUCAGAGUUUUUAAUUAUCAAAAUUUUAACUAUUAAUUUAUAAUUUUGUGCAGUACUUCAUUAUUUAUAUCUAAUGUUUAGGUACAUAUAAAUUUCUAAAAAAAGCAUGUGUAUUGGUUUAUUUUAUCUACUGAGCUGUAGAAAUAUCAAAAUUUAUAAUUAUUGCUAUUUAAUAAUCAAAAUAUUUAUAUUUUUUAAAAAGUAUCAAAUCUUUCUAAUUUACUCAUGUAUGCUUGUAAUUUAUUGUAUUUGUUUUUAAAAAAAUGUGUUCAAUUUUGCCAUAGUUUAAAUUUUUAGUCUCGUUUUUAUGUCUUUAUUUAAUUGUGAAAUAUUGUGCAAUUUUCGUCAGAUAUAUAAGUCGUAUCAUCGCCUAUUUAUUACAUGAAUUGUAACUGUUUUGCAUAUUUGUUUUUUAUAUGCCAUGUUGAUCUAUGUUAAUCAUUAACAUAACUAUUCAAAGUUAGUAUUUAUCCAUUUGCUUGUGACUAGUACAAGUGAAAAAGAUAAUUUUUUUCUAUUUUAUUAUUACAGCGUAAUAGUAAUUUUAUUACUGAACAUUAAGUUGAAAUAAGCUGUUAAAGCUAAAAACUUGAUAAUUUAAAAGUCUCGUAAAACUUAAGCAGCUGUGACUUUUUUCUUUUUUUUUUAGCUUUCUCAGCCCUUAAAACUUUUAGUUGUGUCAAAGUAUUUCAAACUGCCAUUGUCUUAGUGUAGUUUCAUAUGUCAAUUCAUCUAAAAAUAUCUAAUUAUAAAAUAUUGAUGCUGUUUUUAUCUUUUUGUAAUAAAAUAUUUACAUAUA